CGGGCAAGGGCCGGGUGGAAGUGGGUGGCCGGUUCAGAGGGCCCAAGCUGAGGUCUCAAUCUGGAUAGCAGCUCAGGACUGGAGAUCAAACGCCGGUUUCAUGGCUUCAGUAUGCCCCAGGAGGCCACUUCAGAAAUGAGUCAGAAGCUGACUCUCCAGAGCUGUGAGCUGAGUAGUGAAGCUGGAAAGGAUCAGGAUGCAGACCAUACCCUCUGACGGGGAUCGUAGCUCUGCAUCCGAGGGGACCACUGGUUUCAGCUCUGCUGCCCCAUCAGAGAUCAAGAAGCCACAUCCCUGGUGCACUCUCAGCAUCUUGUCAUUCCAGGGCGAGAUGCCUCUGACCUUCCAGGAUGUGGCUGUGUACUUCUCCCGGGCAGAAGGACAGCAGCUGGGCCCCCAGGAGCGGGCGCUGUACCGGGAUGUGAUGCUGGAGAACUAUGGGAAUGUGGCCUCACUGGGAUUCCCCAUCCCUAAGCCAGAGCUGAUCUCCCAGCUGGAGCAAGAAGAGGAACUGUGGGUCCUGGAUCUUCUGGGGGCUGAAGAAUCAGAAGUAUUGAGAAAUUGCCAGACAGAUUCUGAGAUUAGGACCAAGGAGGAACUAUCCAUUCUAAACCAGAAAUGUUCUGAAGAAGUAAAAGCCCCAGAAUUAAUAUUACAAAAAUUCCCAAAGGCUGAUUCACAAGCACCUGGGUCCCAGGAAACUCAUGACCAUGAGGGUCAACAAGAAGGGAACCCGGGAAGUUCAGCUAGUCAGAGUUUGAAGAGAGUUGUGAGAGCAGAGUCUGCUGUAUGUAGGGAACAACUUCUCGAGGACACUCAGGCAUGUGGUGCAUUUGACAGACACUUGAAUCCAAGCCAAAGUGCUAGAAUUCAAAGAAAUAAAACAGGACAGAGAAUCUUUAAAUGUGACAUAUGCAGCAAAACAUUUAAAUAUAAUUCAGACCUAAGUCGACAUCGUAGAAGUCACACUGGGGAAAAGCCUUAUGAAUGUGGUCCAUGUGGACGGGCCUUUACUCACAGCUCAAACCUUAUUCUUCACCAGCGAAUUCACACUGGAAAUAAACCAUUUAAAUGUGAUGAAUGUGGGAAAACUUUUGGGCUCAAUUCCUAUCUCCGUCUACAUCAGAGAAUUCACACUGGAGAAAAGCCUUUUGGGUGCAGUCAGUGUGGGAAGGCCUUCAGUAGAAGCUCAAGUCUUAUUCAGCAUCGUAUAAUCCACACAGGAGAGAAGCCUUAUAAGUGUAAUGAAUGUGGGAAAGCCUUUAGCCAGAGUCCCCAGUUAACUCAGCAUCAGAGGAUUCACACAGGAGAGAAGCCACAUGGAUGCAGUUGGUGUGGGAAGGCUUUCAGUCGAAACGCCAGCCUUAUUCAGCACCAGAGGAUUCACACAGGAGAAAAGCCCCACAAAUGCAGUCAGUGUGGGAAGGCCUUCAGUCAGAGCUCCAGCCUUUUUCUCCAUCACAGGGUUCACACUGGGGAGAAACCGUAUGUGUGUAGUGAAUGUGGCAGAGCCUUUGGCUUCAAUUCUCACCUUACUGAGCAUGUAAGGAUUCACACUGGAGAGAAGCCCUAUGUUUGCAAUGAGUGUGGCAAAGCUUUCAGCCGCAGUUCCACUCUCAUGCAGCAUCGCAGAGUGCAUACGGGGGAGAAGCCAUAUCAGUGCACUGAAUGUGGGAAGGCCUUCAUCCAGAGUUCCCAGCUCACUCUACACCAGCGUGUCCACACUGGAGAAAAGCCUUAUGAAUGUGGUCUCUGUGGGAAAGCCUUCAGCCGAAGGUCAGCCCUCACUCAGCAUCAACGGAUUCACAUGGCGGAGAACCCACAGGAAUUUCAAUGUGGCCCAGAUUUUGUUUAUGACUCUAGCCACCUGUCCACUAGAGAGAGACGUGGAAAGGCCUUCAGCCACAGUGCAAACCUUGUUCUGCAGUGGACAAUUCACAGUGGUGACAAAUCCCUGGGAUGUAAUGAAUGUGGGAAAACUUUGAGCACUACACCAGAACCCAUGGAGUAUCAGAAAAUCCAAGCUGGGGAGAAACCCUAUAAAUGCCAAGAAUGUAGAAAAGCCAUCAGUGGAGCAUCAACCCUUUCUCAACAUCAAGUAUCCCGUGUUGGAGAGAAACCACCAUUGAAUGAUGGAUCUGAAAGAUACUUAAUUCAUAUCAAAAAAAUUUUUCAAGAAAGACAUUUUUGAUGUGGUAAAUGUGGGAAACAAUUUAAUAACUUUUAUGUUAGGUAGAAUGGCAUAAAUGAAAGUUAAAUAAGAAGGUGUAACUAUUCCUAACAGAUUUGUGUGUUAGGAGGCUGGAGACCAGCCUACUGUCCCUGCCUCCACUCCCCAUCUCAUGCCAGGGUCCUGACUGACUCAGCAUAGCAGGCCACCGUGCCAUCGUGAAGUUCAGCAUUUUGAGAGCUGAGUUUCAACAUGAAUGAGCAGCUGACAGAAGGCCUCAAGGAGCAGUGGGGGAUUGGGUAUGUCACCUUUGAGAAUAUUGAUGAUGCUAAGACCACUGUAUGGCCAUGAACAUCAUGGUCUGGGGACUGAAGUCUGGGGAUUAAGUUGGCUUUGCCAGAUGCUGAACUGAACAUGGAUUCUCCAGGGGUCGAGGAGACAAGCUUUGGGGAAGGUACCAAGGCUGUAGAGACUACAGCAUGGUCAGAGUGGUAGCUGUGGUGUCCAUAGCUGGAGUUGGUGCUACAGUGACAGCAAGGACAGCUACAAGGAAUAAAACCCCUGCUGGGGAUUGUUCUUCCAGUGUCUGGAAUUUCAAAGACUUUGGGAUCUUAACCAAACUGUUGGUAAUGUGCAGUGAACACACCUUAUAGUCCUACUUUUGAGCUUUCAGUUUUGAUCUUUCAACACAGCCUGAUUUCUUCUGACCCCCAUAAUAUCCUCAUUACUAGACUUUUUAAAGAAGCACUGUCCAUUCUUGUUUAUUUUAAAAAGUGUUUUGAGCCAGGCAUGGUGGCACACGUCUUUAAUCCCAGCUCUCGGGAGGCAGAGGCAGGCAGAUCUCUGUGAGUUCAAGUCCAGCCUGGUCUACAUGGUGAGUUCCAGGCCAGCUGGGGCUACAGGGAGACUCUGUCUCAAAAAAACAAAACAAAACAAAAAAAAAAAAAGUGUUUUGAAAAGCACUUUAAAUUUUUGUCAUGAGUCAGCAGUUCUGUGAGUUGUCUUUUUGCUAUCUUGUUUUUAGGAGUUAUUGGUUGUGUUAACUUUUUUUUUUUUUGUCUAGUGGGAUCACCCUGUGAAGUUGGGUGCCCCCACUCAGUUCUCUGAAAGCAAAUAGAGUUUGAAUCCACUCUUUUUGAAAACUGAGCAAGCUGAAGUUUUUCCCAGCUCCGUGUGCUACUUCUUAGUGUAGCAUGGUUGGGUGUCAUGUGGCUGCCUGAGCCCAGCCUGCACACCCACCAUGCUGUGUGGCCCAGUGUCAGUGCAGACAUUGGGAGAUUCUUGAAAAUGUUUAUUUAUAUUGUCCUUUUUUACUAGAAGAUGUAUGCAUACUCCAUCAAUGUUGUGUUUACAAUGGCUAAGGAAUUCUCGUACCCAGUUUUCUUUGGUUUUAUUUAGCCAAUUAAAAGACUGAAAAUCGGGGCUGGAGAGAUGGCUCAGUGGUUAAGAACACUGGUUGUUCUUUCAGAAGACCCAGGUUUGAAUCCCAGCACCCACAUA